AUGGCUGAACCUAAUGACUCGGGCCUGGCUGAGCCCUCCUUCGAUGUUCAGGUUACCCUUUCUGACCUAAUCGACACCGACAACCCCCUCGCUUCUGCAAAGGAGUUCAAGGAUCUCGACCUUGCUGAGGGCAUCUAUCAGGGUCUACUGGCCAUGAAUUUCAAGAAGCCCUCCAAGGUCCAGGAGAAGGCCCUGCCCCUCCUUCUGGCUAACCCUCCCCGCAACAUGAUUGCCCAGUCGCAAUCGGGUACAGGCAAGACCGCGGCGUUCGUUAUUGCUGUUCUGUCGCGUGUCGACUACACCAAGCCCACGCAGCCUCAGGCCCUCAUCCUCGCCCCUACCCGUGAGCUCGCCCGCCAGAUCCAGGGUGUCGUCAAGUCCAUAGGCCAGUUCCUCCCCGACCUGGUCGUCGAGGCGGCCAUCCCCGGCGGUAUCGACCGUGCUACGGGUGUCAGAGGUUCUGUCGUCGUCGGUACCCCGGGUACCGUCAUGGACGCGAUCAAGCGCCGCCAGUUCGACACCAGAGAGCUCAGGAUCCUCGUUGUCGACGAGGCCGACAACAUGCUGGACCAGUCAGGCCUCGGCGAUCAGGCCCUCAAAGUCAAAAACAUGCUCCCCAAAAACAUCCAGAUCCUCCUCUUCUCUGCCACCUUUCCCGACAAGGUGGGCGUGUACGCUCAGAAGUUUGCGCCUAAUGCCCAUUCUAUGAUGCUGCAGCGCCAGAACCUCACGGUCAAGGGCAUCUCCCAGAUGUACAUGGACUGUCCCAGCGAGCAUGACAAGUAUGACAUCCUCGUGAAGCUCUACAGCCUGAUGACCAUCGGCUCGUCUGUUAUCUUUGUCAAGACGCGCGAGUCCGCCAGCGUCAUCGAGCAGCGCAUGGUUAGCGACGGCCACCAGGUCUCUGCUCUGCACGGCGCUUUUGACGGCAACGACCGCGACCGUCUGCUGGAGGACUUCCGUGCCGGCCGGUCCAAGGUGCUCAUCACGACCAAUGUCAUGGCCCGUGGCAUCGACGUGUCCAGCGUCUCCAUGGUCAUCAACUACGAUAUCCCCAUGAAGGGCCCUCACGACGCCGAGCCCGAUCCGGAGACCUACCUGCACCGUAUCGGCCGCACGGGCCGGUUCGGUCGUGUCGGCGUGUCCAUCAGUUUCGUGUCAGACAAGAAGAGCUUCAGCGCCCUGGCCGCCAUCGCCGAGGAGUACAAGAUCGACCUUGUCCAGCUAACGCCUGACGACUGGGACCGCACCGAGCGCAAGAUCCAGGACGUCAUCAAGUCAACUCGCGCCGAGCCGGGAUACCGCCCCCAGGGCCUCCCAGCAGAAGACAGCACUCCCCAGCAGGAGGCUGCCCCUGUCCCCGCCGCAACGAAUUAG